CAGAGCAUGUAACUUAAUGCCACCCGGCUGGCUCCCAAUUAUGGCAAGUUUUAAAGCUGAAAGGGAGACUUUGAUGCCAUCAGCUCCAAGCUCCUUGUUUUACAGCUGGGGAAACUGAGGCCCCAGGGGGUCAGGGAUUUAUCUAAGGACGUCUGCCAGGCAGAGCCAGUGGGGCAUAAAAGAAAGAACACUCGAUUCUUGACCUGGGUUCGAAUCCCACCUCUGCCUCUCACUAGCUGUGUGACCUUGGGCAAAACUCUUAACCUCUCUGGGCCUCAGCUUCCUCAGCUCUAACACGGCCAUAAUAAUGGCCACCAUCCCUUGGGGUUUGUGUGAGAUGAUGUACAUAGACGACUUCUCAACGUCCUAGCACACACAGUAGGUGCUCAAUAAAAUAGCGUUAUUUUGGUGAUUAUUACUAGUAACAUUUCACCCUGACCUUCUGGGGUCCAAAGCUCAUUACCAAGAUGGCCGGCUGGGGCUCAUAUCCCCAGUUGGGGCUCUGCUUGAGCCCUAGGGGCCUGAUGAGGUUCUCAUUCACCUGACAGAGCAACAGAGGGAGGCUGCGAGCAAAGCCUGGGAGCUGAAAACAAGGGUUCCAGCAGCAGCCGCCUGGUUGUCAGCCUCCUUGCCUUUUGGUCUCACUGCAGGUUGGGGCCCUGUGGAUGGGCACUUCCUCUGGCUGCCACCUCCCAGUGUCUCAAGGUGCCAGGAGGAGAAGCCAUGCUUUGGGGCAGUAUCGGAGGCAGCCUGGCCCUCAGGGCUGAAGGGGGGCUGUGCUGGCCUGGAUUUAGGGGGAUAAGGGCUAGAACAAUGGCUUCUCGGGGGGUACCCAGGAGCCCCUUCAGAGUCUAGGCUCCAGGCCCACGCGGUGAGCAGGACACGGGGCGCAUGCUGUGAGCUGGCUCCUGGCUUGGGGCAACCACCCCUGGCAGCCUUCUCAGACCACAUCCUGAGCGGCUCUGCUAAACACCCUCAGUGCCUGUGGCCUUCCAGAUAUGCUGUGUACACAGCUCGGGGAUUAUUUGCGUGAGUGGACUCAAGGCUGACUUCAGGAGAUUAAGCAAAUGGGGUGCUGGGCCUCCCAGACCAGUGGCAUAGAAGCAGGGGAGAAACUGUUUACAGGCUGCCUCCAGGGCCUGCAGCAGUGUUUACGAGGAGAGCCACAGGCUAUCGGCCCAAUGGCUUUGGAUGCAAGCUGAGUGGCCAGGAAGACACAUGGUGUCUGUGCAUUGGACCCAUUGUUGGGGGUCAGAGUGGCUUUUUGGCCUAGAAGAGAGGCGCCCAUCCCAAUGCUCUUGCUGUGGGGCUUUUGAGGCUGGGAGUGGCUGCUGGGUUUGCAAUCAGAUAGCGGGGCUGGGUUUGCAAGGAAGUGUCUACACCCUGCCCAGGCCCGGAACCCACUGCCGGGUGAGCCUCAACUCAGUCCUGGGGUGGACAGAGGCCUUGGGGACUUCGGCAAGGAGCUGAUAUUAUUCCAAGAGCAACGAGAAGCUGCCGAUGGGUUUUAAGCGGGAGUGCCGUGAGGUCAUGUGCAUUUUGAAAAGGUGUCCCUGGCUACUCGGUGGAAAAUGAAAUCGUAGUUGAAGCGAAAGGCCGGCUAGGGGCCCGUGGCAGCAUCCAGGUGUUUCCAGCUGUGCACGGGGGCUGAUUGGCGAGGGACUCACGUUCGAGAGCCUUGGAUGCCGUAACAGCCUGUGAGGAUGGAGAACGAGGAUUACAACCUCUCCCUCACCUACGGUGACGACUACCUCGAUGAUUUGGAGCCCAUCGUGGUUUUGGAGGAGUUCUCUCCGCUGGAAGGCAGGGUGGCCAGGAUCUUUCUGGUGGUGGUCUACAGCAUCGUCUGUUUCCUCGGCAUCCUGGGCAACGGCUUGGUGAUCGUCAUUGCCACCUUCAAGAUGAAGAAGACUGUGAACACCGUCUGGUUCCUCAACCUGGCCGUGGCGGAUUUCUUGUUCAACGUCUUCCUCCCGAUCCACAUCAUCUACGCCGCCAUGGACUACCACUGGGUUUUUGGGACGGCCAUGUGCAAGAUCAGCAACUUCCUGCUCAUCCACAACAUGUACACCAGCGUCUUCCUGCUCACCAUCAUCAGCUUCGACCGCUGCAUCUCUGUGCUCCUCCCCGUCUGGUCCCAGAACCACCGCAGCAUCCGGCUGGCGUACACGGCCUGCGUGGUGAUCUGGAUCCUGGCUUUCUUCUUGAGUUCCCCAUCCCUCGUCUUCCGGGACACAGCCCACCAGCACGGGAAAAUAUCCUGCUUCAACAACUUCAGCCUGUCAGCGGCCAGCUCUUCCCGGUUGCCCACUCACCACCCACUGAACCCUGUGGGGUUCAACCGGCACAUGGUGGUGACCAUCACUCGCUUCCUCUGCGGCUUUCUGGUCCCGGGCCUCAUCAUCACAGCCUGCUACUUCACCAUCGUCUGCAAGCUGCGGCGCAACCGCCUGGCCAAGACCAAGAAGCCCUUCAAGAUCGUCGUGACUAUCAUCAUCACGUUCUUCCUCUGCUGGUGCCCUUACCACACGCUCUACCUCCUGGAGCUCCACCACGCCGCCGUGCCUGGCUCCGUCUUCAGCCUGGGGUUGCCCCUGGCCACUGCCAUCGCCAUAGCCAACAGCUGCAUGAACCCCAUUCUGUAUGUCUUCAUGGGUCAGGACUUCAAGAAGUUCAAGGUGGCUGUCUUCUCCCGCCUGGUCAAUGCUCUGAGCGAGGACACAGGUCACUCCUCCUUUCACAGUCACAGGAGCUUUACCAAGAUGUCCUCGAUAAACGAGAGGUCCUCCGUGAAUGAGAGGGAGACCAACAUGCUUUGAGCCUCACUUGGGAAACCUCCAAUGGACGCUCCCAUCCUUGGAGGCCCCGGCCCAAAGCUAUGCCUUCUCAGGACCACGAAGGACCCUCUUCAGCACCUAGCAGUGUCCACUGUAUUUUGCUUGGGGGCGAAUGGUGUUUUGAGCUGGGACUGCAGCGCUUGGAAUCCCCUUCUUCCAGUGGCUUGGUGGACAGAGCGUGCCACGUGGCUCAGCCUCGGCUGAGCAUCCCAUGCUUCUUGGGAGACCAGCUUUGACUGAUGCAAAGUAAAAAAGGGAGCAUUCCCAGAAGCACUGCCAUGAACUGGGAUUGGCAAAGAUAGCAGGAUUAAGCUCUCUACCGUGUGCUUUCCAGGAAUGACACAGACACUCUCCAAGGUCCACUCAUGGUGGAGCCGAGGAGGUCAGAGCAAACCCAGUGUGAUGUAGAUCGCACCUCUCCCUCUGUACCUAUCUCAAUAGUCAGGUAUCCUGCCACCCAAGCCACUCCUCUGGGUUAGGGCGUGUGGACUGCACAGGUUACCUGGGACAGGAAGGUGACCUGUGAGCCCGUGACCUCCGAGGACCACGGGUUUAGCUUUCAGAGGAGCUCGGAAGGCAGAGAACACAUCCUAAGGGGCCGUGUGGGCUCUUUGUGAGGACGAGACAAGCCGGGCUGCAUGAGGACUUGGGGUCUAAAGGAAGGAAUGGAGAAAGAGAAGGAAAGAACAUUCGAGGGUGCAGUGUGAAGCAGCGCACCCGGAGCACGGUGCUUCGGCCGGAGCUGCUUGGGGGGGUAAAGGGGGCCCAGCCCCUUGCCCCAGGCCCUGCUCUCACUUUGCAUUUGUUACUUGGGGGCUGGGUCAUGGCGGGCACCUUCACGAGCAGCCCCCGCUCCAUCACAGGGACUCCCCCCUCCUCCCCAUUCCACUGGCUCUGGCUGAAGUGCUCCGAAUAAAACACUCCAGCCUUGCUGAAGAUGAGCCCCAAAUCAGCUUCAGGGAGCCACCUGGGAGCACCUCAAGGGCUGGAGAAUGUCUGAGUGCUCAGUCACUGAACUUGAAGCAGAAUCUGGAGCCUGACCCCUUGAACUGUGCUCCUGAGAUGCUGGCUGCGGGGUGCCACAGGCACAGAGCCCCCCCACCCCAUGUGCACCCAUGUCCCUUUUCUCAUCCAGGACAGACACCUUCUUGUGCUACAGAGCGUCAUUGUCCCCUUUACCAACAACGAAGCUGAGGCUCAGAGGAGGGAAGUAACUUGCCCAACGUCACACAGCUAGCCAGAGGCAGACUUAAGAUCUGAACCCAUCUCUGUCUGGCCCCAGAAACUCUCUUCUUUUAUGGAGACUGUAUCUAUUGAGAAUGUUCCGGGCUGUAACGAUAGCCUACAUUAUUUAGAACUUCCUAUAUUAAGCACGUUACAUGUGUUAUCUCAUUUAUUCCUCACUGCAACCCUGAGUUAGGUACAAUUAUGACUUCCUUUUUACAUGGGAGGUAUCUGGGGCUCAGAGAGAUUAAGUAACUUGCCUGAGGGUGCCCAGCUGGUCUCUGCAAGAGCCUGGAUUUGAAGCUAGGCCUGUCUGGCUCAAAUAAAGCUGCGGACUUGG